AUGGAGCGAGUAAGAAAGGUCUUCUUUCACCCGCUUGCGGCAUCGAAGGCUCGGAUUCGAGAGAUCCUAGAGGAACUUCCAGUUGGCUCUGCACACCCCUUUAGUCUCGAGCGACUUCUUCUUUGUCGGACAGAGAACGGGAUUGAGGAAAUUGAUAUCUCCUCCUAUCCAGAUGACUUCUUCUCCAAUGCUGUGGACCUUGGGGAGAUGGGUGAGAUCCUUCUGAGACGCAUGGCUGGGUUCCAGUCUCAUCUUGCGGUAUUCCAGGACUUCCAAAUCCAGCAGGCACCAGCUUCAACGUUCAAGAUCCCGAUAGUGUCUGGGCAAAUUACAAUCCUGGCAGUCUCUGAAAGAACGCCCACUUACUACGAUUUCUGCUUCGCAGAUGCAUCAUGCAAUACAUGUUGUUGGUUGGAACGGAAUACCUUUCCUGGAAUUAACCACAGCGGCGAUAUCUACGUCGGAAAUGAUCUGCUACAUUAUGUUACGAUCAGCAAGGAUACUCUCACAGAGAAAGAACUCUGCGUAUUCAUAUCUGGCUACAACAAGACCCUCAUAACACGGUUUCUGGGAACCCACCCUGCCUUGCUCGUUGCUGAUCAUGUGGAUAAGAUCCUUUUUAUUGUCCCAGUACCCUUGGAUAAAGCGACAAUCGGAGAGGCAACCAUAUGUUGCCCACUGGUAAUCAAGCGUGACGGGGACUCCCUUGUCUGCUCAAUUUUGUCAACAGCAACUACAGACGUAGAUAUGUACUGCGAUAGUAGGAGGUUGGAAAGCGCCUCCUUCGCGGAAGCAAUCAACCGCGCCGAUUUCACCAUUUCUGAAACUCCUACCGAUGUCGCCUCAAGGGCUCCGGCCAAGGAAGAGACUAUCUCGACAUCGGAGAGCUUGCGCAAGAUGACAAAAGAAAAUGCUGUGUUUGUCACCGAUCUAGUCACUAUCCCUUCCUUCCUUGAUUUAGAAAAAACAGAAGUCAUACGUUUUGGGACUGGCAUUGAGUUCGAGCAACCAGGCGAAGACUUCCUCACAAAGACAGAGACAUCUACCGUCGUGUUGCCAUGCAUAUUUGGUUCCCAGCUUCAAGGCCCGUUUAUAUUGGCAACGGGAACGGCCCCUUCCAAUGUUCCUUUUAUUGAUGAAUUCUCCAUACGAGAAUACUACAAGGGACUCAAAAAUGCUGUGGUAAUUGUCGACGAUCGAAUGACAGAUAAUGCCCGCAAUCUCGCAACUGCGUACAGAAUUAAUGCACUCUUCAUCGUGCAACUCAGCCCACAAACCCAGCCAAAGAAUACCGACGACAUUAUUUCGCUACUAAACUCGGCAAACAUCAACGCGGUGACAGCGCUCGCAGGACCACAGUCCUUGGUUCUAGUACAAAUCUCAGAGAGGUAUUACUUCUACCGAGGAAUUGCUAAUCAGGCACAUAUCAACACGUCCAGACUCGAGUUUGGCUCUGAUGUCACAUCCAUACUCGAGGCUGUCGGUUUGGAAUCGAUCCUAGACCCACGAAUUGAGCGUAUCGUUACUCUCGGCGAUGCAAACCGGAUCAUCCUACCCAGCUCAGGCCAGCUAGUGCACCCUCGAGAUCUCCAAAGGCUGUUUGAAGAGCUCCCAAUGGAGCAAGUUGAAGAGGUAAAAGACGACAUAUCGGCAGCGGUUCCUCAGCUUCAAGUGCUUUUGGACCAAAAGGAAUUACGGGAACUUUCCAAAACCUUGAUAUUUGCACUCUCAGCAAAGAUCAGCAACGUCACAGCUCCAUUGAGAAGCACCUACACUAAAUAUGUAACCGAGGAGUAUAAAAUAACGGAUCCAGCAUCGGCCAAGAAAAAGAAUGAUAUGCUUGGACAAUUGAGAAAGGUCACCAGGGAGAUGCAGAUUGCGCUUGAACCGCUCAUUUCGAGUUUGAGCAACAUGAUCUCUUCUCGAACAACAUCAAAGCGGACUCACGAUUUGAAGAGACUUGUUCGUCAAACUCAAAUUCAAAACAAUGUCGAGGCCGUUAAGUCCAUGACUUUUGACACCUUAGCGGGAUAUCUUGAAACAUAUGCUGGAGAUAUGGGAGUCAUGCUAUUGAAUAUUGACACAUCGUCCUAUUCCGAGCUUUUGAAAAAUCUGAAUCGGCCCACUAUCGAUGCCAGUCCAUGCUGUGACCUUGACUCGAGAGUCCUACAUCUCGAGGGAUUUGACGCCGGAAUUAUCAUAGAGCAGUCGCAGGCCAACCAUGACGGACCACUCCGAUCUGGACAUGAUCUCUCCCGCCCAAUUUUAGCGUUACCGUACCUGAGCCAACACUUAGGAACCGGAUCAAUGCUAGCUUGGGUGUGUUGGGAUGAAUUUGUUAACCUCGAAAGUCCUUUCACCGUGCGAUGGAUGGAAAAGUGUAACGAAGCGCACAUUGCCGCGCUAAGAAUCAUCAUGAGGUCUACUCUUAGUCAGGCAGUAUCGGCCAGAGAGUGUAAUAUUCAACCUAGCAGCCCAGAAACUGGCCAUCUUAUGAGCGCUUUGUUGAUGGCGGCCAUGUCUAAGCUCGCAGCGAUGAGGACAACUGCGCCCGUUGCGUCACAGCAGGCCGGGGACACUGUCACAAAACUGAUGCGAGGACUGUUCGGCAAUCUGUUAACAAUAGCAGGUUCAGGAGUGCGACCUCAAAGCAUGGUCUGGCAGCUGUUUGGCCUAAACUCUCAGCCCGACCUGCCUAAAACCGAUAUUGAGUGGAUUUGGUACGAAACUGUUGUUGCCUUAUAUCCAUACACCGGAUGGCCUCUUGAGCAGUUUUACGAGAAUUUAGAGAAGCUCCUUGACAAGGCCCUUAUUCGUGUGGUGACCAAGAAUGAAAAGGUGGAUGGGGUGCGGUCAAGCCGGACAGAUGAGAUGAUACGGUUUUGCAAGCUUCGAAACAUCCAGCUUGACCAUUCCCGCACCAUUAUCACCAUCAUGAUGCGGAUGCUCACGGCUGAGGCUGAAACUGCUCCCAUCGCCACUCGUCUGCUAGAGCAGAUUCCAGAGAAAUUAGAGCGACAGAGUAAGAGCUAUACCAGGAUGAUCGAGUAUCUCAAACAUCUCGCCAAUGGAGGCGAACGACGUGCUAAUGAUGACCUCGUCGCCGCCGGUGUCUACACCUCGCGCUCAGCUGCCUUUGGUGCACUCAAGAGGGAAGCGUCGGAAGCUUGUAAGAGCAAAGAUUGGGCCAGGAUGAAAGACUCAUGCCAAGCAAUUAUGGACAAGCAUAUCGAACUCGCUUCUCUCUGGCAUAUCGACCACCCUAAUGUCCUGAAGGUCCAGAACAUCAAAUUAUACAAAGAUCUUCUGGAAGCAGACUUCGGGACCGAUAUCGACGAAGCUACCAAGACCAAGAAUCUUGCACUCAGCAAAAAGGUCCAUGGUGAUGCGGAGAAACAGCGUAUUCCUUGGCAAGUAGGGAAGCAAGGUCAAUUUGGUGAUGACAUUGAGCCUCUAGACGAGGUCUUCCUUCACGAGGUUCUGACAGGAGAAAAGUCUGAAGCCCACCCAGUCGUUGAUUCAGCUCAGGGAUCAAGCCCAGAGGCAACUGCCAUGAUUGAAGCCAAAACAGGCGACUUCGAGCAAUUUGAAUCGAUAGUGAAGUCUAAUUUCAUCAUUAUGAUGGAGAAGGAUCUUUCGGCUGAAAUUGUCUGCAGUAUGAUAAAUGUUCCGGUUACUACAAUGCGCGUCUUUAUCAAGGCUCUUAAUCCAACGUUUGUGUGGGAAGACCUGGGGAAGAACUUCAAGACCACAAUUCUGGGGUUGUUGGAAGAGCGUUCGCAUCGGGAAGAGAGUCACCCUACUAAGAAACUGUUGGACCUAGUGAUAGGUAAUGCGAAGCUUCAAAUUGAUGGGUGA